GCCGUGGGUAAGACCUGUCUGCUGAUCAGCUACACCACCAAUGCCUUCCCCGGAGAGUACAUACCCACUGUGUGAGUACCACAACACACACACACAUGGAUGUGGGUGAGUGAGUGAGACUAAGUCUGCUUGCCUCUAUGUAGUGUUUGUAUUUCUGACAAGUAUACUUUACAUAGAGCUUGCAUCCAGAUAUAAAGAGAUUUUCCCUAUCUCUCUAUGCAGCUUUGAUAACUACUCUGCCAAUGUGAUGGUAGAUGGGAAACCAGUGAAUCUGGGUCUAUGGGAUACAGCAGGACAGGAAGACUACGACAGACUGAGACCACUGUCCUAUCCACAGACGGUAACACACACACACACACACACAACACCAACCCAUUACCUUUCUGUGAAGGAUUGAUUUGCAAUCUACUAUUCCGCAGCAGAGCUUUUCUUCCAGUCUGUCCCAUGUGGAGUCAGGUGAUUCCGUGGUUGGUUGAUCUCAAUGGUUUCACCCUAAGGUCUGUCUCUCUAUGGUUCUCCCCAGGAUGUGUUCUUGAUAUGCUUCUCCCUGGUCAGCCCGGCCUCCUUUGAGAACGUCCGAGCUAAGGUCAGUACUGAACCUUCCUGCUCACAGACACAGGAACAGGGGACCUGCCGAGCCUGACCUAAAGAAGCACAUCUAUAGCUCUCCCUGGUUCAUGUUCUAUAGCUACAGUCCUGUAUAGAGAGAGAGAGUUUGGCCAUUGUGGUUUCAACCCAAAAGCAUUACAAUGCUCUUAGAUGACAUCACACACCUUUCUGUGUGUCAAACUCUCUCUCUCUAUUUUUUUCAGCAGUGUCUAAUUGUGUUCUAUUUUAUUCUAAUAUUCUGCUCUACUCUAGCCAUAAUAGUCCUAUAAUCCAUAUAUGGCCCUACAGACUAGAUUAGAGGUUUUAUUUCAAUAGCUCUGUUCCACCCAGCCUUGCUCUCCAUCUUUGACCUAAUGACCUUUACCCUCUGUGUCUCAGUGGUACCCUGAAGUGAGACACCACUGCCCCAACACCCCUAUUAUCCUGGUGGGCACCAAGCUGGAUCUAAGAGAUGACAAGGACACCAUCGAGAGGCUGAGGGACAAGAAGCUGUCCCCCAUCACCUACCCCCAGGGCCUGGCCAUGGCAAGGGAGAUAGGUCAGUCUGUGUGGGUGUGGGUGUCUGCCCAUCCCCACAUUGGGAAGAGCCAAUGGUGGUGGUCUUGGCAAAUUUGGAUUCUGUUGUAGUUUUCCAGGAAGGAGCCUUGUAGUUUUUGAACUUUUGUAGGAUUUUUGAAUGGUCUUCAGGGCAAAAACAUAAUAGUAGAAGUAAAUUAAUCAACAAACACAAAUAUAAUUUUAUGUAUAUAUCUUAAAUGACCGUGUUUUCACGAAUUUGAUGAUAUAAUUGUGAAGCCCAUUCAAAAGAUUAGGGGACAUGAUAUAUCUUCUCAGUAGCCCCGUGUAGCUCAGUUGGUAGAGCAUGGCGCUUGCCACCCCAGGGUUGUGGGUUCGAUUCCCACGGGGGGCCAGUAUGAAGAAGAAGAAAAAAAUGAAUGCACUCACUAACUGUAAAUCGCUCUGGAUAAGAGCGUCUGCCAAAUGACGUAAAUGUAAAAUGUCUAUAUUAUACGGUAUGCUAUUUCCGUACUCCUGAGUGGCGCAGUGGUCUAAGGCACUGCAUCGCAGUGCUAACUGUGCCACUAGAGAUCCUGGUUCCCACGGGGGGCCAGUAUAAAAAAAAAAAUAUUCACUAACUGUAAGUCGCUCUGGAUAAGAGCGUCUGCUAAAUGACUAAAAUGUAAAUGUAAAAUGUAAAUGUAAUGAUACAGAAGUAAAGCGCAAGGCGCGGUUACUUUCACAGGGUUUUAUUCUAAGCAGGAAGUGACCCGCUGUGUGAGAUGAUGUCAUAUUGCGGAGUCUGGGAUAAAGCGAGUUUGUCAAUUAAGCCCUUUAUCUACUUACCCAGAGUCAGAUGUUUUUUCUUCUUCUAUUGUUUAUAGAUGUGUAAUAAAGGUGUUGUUGUUGUUUGUGUGUGUGUGGUGGUUAGGUGCUGUGAAGUACCUGGAGUGCUCGGCCCUGACCCAGCGAGGGUUGAAGACUGUGUUUGACGAGGCCAUCCGCGCCGUGCUCUGCCCCCCGCCCGUCAAGAAGAGGGGCAAGAGGUGCACCGUGUUC